AUGCCGCGGCCGCGCCCGCCGCCCGCGCUGCCGCUGCCGCCGCCGGUGCCGGUGCCGGUGCCGGUGCUGGUGCUGCUGCUGGUGGCGGCGCGCGGGGCCGCAGCGCAAGAAACAGAGCUGUCUGUCACUGCUGAGUUGGUGCCUACCUCACCCUGGAACAUUUCAAGCGAACUGGACAAAGGUUCUUACCUGACCCUUGAUGAGCCAAUGAACAACAUCACCACAUCCCUGGGCCAGACAGCUGAACUGCACUGUAAAGUGUCCGGGAAUCCACCUCCCACCAUCCGCUGGUUCAAAAAUGAUGCACCUGUGGUCCAAGAGCCCCGCAGGAUCUCCUUCCGAGCAACAAGCUAUGGCUCUCGAUUGCGGAUUAGGAACCUCGACACCACAGACACGGGCUACUUCCAGUGCGUGGCAACCAAUGGCAAGAAAGUGGUUUCCACCACUGGGGUCCUGUUUGUCAAGUUUGGGCCUCCUCCCACUGCAAGCCCAGGAUCCUCUGAUGAGUAUGAAGAAGAUGGAUUCUGUCAGCCCUACAGAGGAAUCGCAUGUGCACGGUUUAUUGGCAACCGCACUGUCUAUAUGGAGUCUUUGCACAUGCAGGGGGAAAUAGAAAAUCAGAUCACAGCUGCCUUCACCAUGAUUGGCACCUCCAGUCACUUAUCUGAUAAGUGCUCUCAGUUUGCCAUUCCUUCCCUGUGCCACUAUGCCUUCCCGUACUGUGACGAAACCUCAUCUGUACCAAAACCCCGUGACUUGUGUCGUGAUGAAUGUGAAAUCCUGGAAAACGUCCUGUGUCAAACAGAGUACAUUUUUGCAAGAUCAAAUCCCAUGAUUUUAAUGAGGCUGAAGUUGCCAAACUGUGAAGAUCUUCCACAGCCAGAGAGCCCGGAGGCUGCAAACUGCAUCCGGAUUGGAAUCCCCAUGGCAGAUCCUAUCAACAAAAAUCACAAGUGCUAUAAUAGCACAGGUGUGGAUUAUCGUGGAACCGUGAGUGUGACUAAGUCUGGGCGCCAAUGCCAGCCAUGGAACUCCCAGUACCCCCAUACCCACAGCUUCACUGCCCUGCGCUUCCCGGAGCUCAGCGGAGGCCACUCCUACUGCCGCAACCCCGGCAACCAGAAGGAUGCUCCCUGGUGCUUUACCUUGGAUGAGAACUUCAAGUCUGACCUGUGUGAUAUCCCAGCGUGUGAUUCAAAGGAUUCCAAAGAGAAGAAUAAAAUGGAAAUCCUGUACAUUCUUGUGCCAAGUGUGGCCAUUCCCCUGGCAAUCGCCCUCCUGUUCUUCUUCAUCUGUGUCUGCCGCAAUAACCAGAAGUCAUCAUCACCUCCAGUUCAGAGGCAACCAAAACCUGUCAGGGGCCAAAACGUAGAGAUGUCCAUGCUGAAUGCAUACAAACCAAAGAGCAAGGCUAAAGAGCUGCCUCUUUCUGCUGUACGUUUUAUGGAAGAACUGGGUGAAUGUACCUUUGGAAAAAUAUACAAGGGCCAUCUGUACCUCCCUGGCAUGGACCACGCCCAGCUAGUUGCGAUCAAGACCUUGAAAGACUGUAACAACCCCCAGCAGUGGGCAGAAUUUCAACAAGAAGCCUCGCUGAUGGCUGAACUGCACCACCCCAAUAUCGUCUGCCUCCUGGGUGCUGUCACGCAGGAGCAGCCUGUGUGUAUGCUUUUUGAGUACAUGAAUCAGGGGGAUCUCCAUGAGUUCCUCAUCAUGCGAUCCCCACAUUCAGACGUUGGCUGUAGCAGCGAUGAAGAUGGGACUGUGAAAUCCAGCCUGGAUCACGGAGACUUCCUGCACAUCGCAGUCCAGAUCGCAGCGGGCAUGGAAUACCUGUCGAGUCACUUCUUCGUGCACAAAGACCUGGCAGCUCGCAAUAUUUUAAUUGGAGAGCAGCUUCAUGUGAAGAUUUCAGACCUGGGGCUUUCCAGAGAGGUUUACUCGGCCGAUUACUACAGGGUGCAGAGCAAGUCCUCCCUACCUAUUCGCUGGAUGCCCCCUGAAGCCAUCAUGUAUGGCAAAUUCUCUUCCGAUUCCGACAUCUGGUCCUUCGGGGUAGUGUUGUGGGAGAUUUUCAGCUUCGGACUGCAGCCGUACUACGGCUUCAGUAACCAGGAAGUGAUCGAGAUGGUACGCAAACGCCAGCUCCUGCCGUGCUCCGAGGACUGCCCGCCCAGGAUGUACAGCCUCAUGACAGAGUGCUGGAACGAGAUCCCGUCCCGGAGGCCUCGCUUCAAGGACAUCCACGUCCGCCUUCGCUCCUGGGAGGGUCUGUCCAGCCACACCAGCUCCACGACGCCCUCCGGGGGAAACGCCACCACGCAGACCACCUCCCUCAGUGCCAGCCCCGUGAGCAAUCUCAGCAACCCCCGCUUUCCCAACUACAUGUUCCCGAGCCAGGGCAUCACCCCGCAGGGCCAGAUCGCUGGCUUCAUUGGCCCACCAAUACCUCAGAACCAGCGCUUCAUCCCCAUCAACGGAUACCCGAUACCUCCUGGCUAUGCCGCCUUUCCGGCCGCCCACUACCCGCCCGCCGGCCCUCCCCGGGUGAUGCAGCACUGCCCGCCUCCCAAGAGCCGGUCCCCAAGCAGUGCCAGCGGCUCCACCAGCACGGGCCACGUGACCAGCUUGCCCUCUUCAGGAUCCAAUCAGGAAGCAAAUAUUCCUUUACUGCCGCACAUGUCAAUUCCAAAUCACCCCAGUGGAAUGGGCAUCACGGUUUUUGGCAACAAAUCUCAAAAACCCUACAAAAUAGACUCGAAGCAACCAUCUUUGCUUGGAGACUCCAAUAUUCAUGGGCACACUGAAUCUAUGAUUUCUGCAGAACUAUAAAAUGUGUGACUUCUGUAAAUAAGGUAUACAGGACAAACUAGAAAGUGAUAGAAAAGAUUUAUAUUCAAAUGUUUUUUUAUUAUUAUUAAAGUAAGGCUCUCAUUUAGUAGACAUUGCAACAAGUAUCUGCUGUGAAGUUUAACUGUGUCUUAACUGGACAGACACUAGCCAGGAAGGGGGGUGAAAAGAAAAAAAAAAAAAAAACCCUUGUGGGAUUUACACUCUGUCAAG